UGAUCCCGCAUUCGGCCCUUUAAAGGAAAAUGGGAUGAGUCUGUUGAAUGGAGCCGUGAGUGAGUCCCACUGAAGUCUGCGCUCCGCGGAAAGCGAAGGACAGCGGCAGGACGGGGCCAAAAGGAAGACAUGAAAACACUGCGGAGGAAUGAAUGAGAGGAGAGAGUGAAGGACGAGGCGGCGGAGGAGAAGUUAUGAGCCCAACUGCGACGAUUUACCGGGGAAGGUGUCCGUGAGCGGAAAAACCCGAGUGAGGGGGGCGGGAGGGGGGGACAGACAACAAAGUCACAAGGCCUGAUCCGAGUCCAGCGCUCUGAACCGUCGCCAUGGCUGACGUGUUGGAGAGCAGCGGAGCGGGAGCCGUUGGAGCGGCCAGCGUGGAUUGGCAGAAACGCUGCAUCGCUCUCGAGAUGCAGCUGCUGAGGUUCCGGCUCCAGGCGGGGAAAAUCCGAGAGCUGCUGGCAGAGAAGAUGCAGGAGCUGGAGCAAAGGGUCAUAGAGGCUGACCAGCGGGCCGAGAGUGCUGAGAAACAGAUCCAUGUCAUGGAGGAAAAGCUGAAGUCUGCGAACAUACAGACCAGUGAAUCUGAGAGCUCCUUGUACAGAAAGUAUCAAGACCUGACCAGUCAGGUUCAAGACAAAGAUGCUGUAAUAAAGAGAUUAGAGAUGCAGCUGGAAAAACAGAUCUUAGUCAGAGCCCAGGAGGCAAAAAUUAUUGAGGAGAAGGCUGCCAAGAUUAAAGACUGGGUCACCUUUAAGCUUAGAGAGAUGGAGCAAGAGAACCAGCAACUGAAACUGGCUAACCUGAAGCAGACGGAGCAGAUAAUGCUGCUGCAAGACAAACUACAGUGUCUCUUCGAGAAACCCUCAGCCUCUGGAUCUCCUGCCACCUCCCCUGUCAUGGACGCCCACCUGGUGCCCAACAGCCCACUGUUUCCUCCCAGCUGCCCCGGCACGCCGCCCGCCCAAGACGACGUCAGGAGGCAGACAGGUCCCCGCGGCGCCGCCUCUAACAUCAAAUCCCCACCUACAGAUGUGAAGUGGUCUCCCGAACUGAUCAGUAAAGGGAUUUGCUUCGGUGACCUCGCGGCCCAUGAUGCUGUGUCUCAGGGCCGCAGCAAGGAGUGCCCCAACCCCAACGGUGGGCCGGAGCCCCCAGAGGGCCACGCAGGGUGCUCCGACAGGGACAACUCCUCCGACGAGCUCAACAGCAAGUUCCGCUCUCAGUGUCUCCACUCGUCCUCGUCCUCCUCGUCUUCGUCCUCCGCGUACGAGAUGGCGCACGGGCCGAGCACUCCGGAGUCUCCCAUCAGAAUAACACCCAAAAGCCCGCUCCUGUCUCGCUCCCCCUCCACCAACAACCCUUUCCCCCAUUCCUCCCAGCCUCCGGUUCACCAGUCCGGCGCCAGCAUGACCUUACCCAAGGUACGGACUCCGCUCACCCCCAGGGACAGCAUCCAGCUGGUCAAGAAGCACUACAGCCAGCCACAGCCCAGCCUGGACCGACUCCACCACCUCAACGUCAACAUAGACAUCAUGACGCCCUCCUCCACCUCCUCUACCCUCAAGAGCACAGGCACCACCACCUCGCCUUUCUCUCAGCUUGUGGAAGAAACGGACAUUGACGACGGGCUCCUAGACAGCAUGGAUGGAGUGGUGGAGGGCCCUGGGUCAGAGGAACCGUCCCGGGAUGGAGUCUCGUUUGUGGGACUUGCAGAAGAGCUGGAGCGGCUGGAUCCAGAAGUUCUAAAGCCGCCGACUCCUCCUUUGCAUCGCUUCCCUUCUUGGGAGAGUCGGAUCUACGCUGUGGCUAAGUCAGGAAUGAGAGUAUCAGAGGCCAGUCCUGGAGCCCGGGGCCCUGGACGAGUGUCCACCUUACCCCAGUAUCCAGCGGCAGGACCGUUCACCCAGUUGAUCUAUAAGAACAUCAACGUCCCAGUCUAUACCACGCUAAAAGGGAAAGCCACUCAAAUCAGCACGGUGCCCCUGCCGGAUGACGACUCCGGGUCAGAGGAUGACAGCAGCUCCCUGGCCAGUUUACGGACAUCCAUCCUGAGCCCGGAGAGGAAGGGCAGCGUUCCCGGGAGCCCACGCGCUGUCAAGAGAGGUGUGUCUAUGUCCUCCAUCAGCUCAGAGAGCGACUACGCCAUACCUCCUGACGCCUACUCCCUGGACAGUGACUACUCUGAACCGGAGCAUAAAGUUCAGCGGACCUCCUCCUACUCCUGUGAGAGCACUGGGCCUGAGACGCUGGAGAAGUCUGGGUACCUACUGAAGAUGGGCAGUCAAGUCAAAGCCUGGAAACGUCGCUGGUUUAUCCUGAGGAACGGAGAGAUCCUCUACUACAAAUCUCCCAGCGAUGUGAUCAGAAAACCUCAGGGUCAGAUUGAGCUGAACUCGUCGUGCUGUAUCGUACGUGGAGAAGGAGCGCAGACAUUUCAGUUGAUUACCGAGAAGAAGACCUUCUAUUUGACCGCAGAUUCACCCAACAUCCUGGAGGAGUGGAUCAGGGUUCUGCAGAACAUACUCAAAGUCCAGGCCAGCAGCCCCGUUACCGUGGAGACGGCUGCAAAGCCCACAGCCAGAGGUUGGCUUACAAAGGUCAAACACGGACACUCGAAACUGGUGUGGUGUUCCUUGGUGGGAAAAAUCUUCUACUAUUAUCGCAACCAGGAGGACAAGCUGCCUCUGGGUCAGCUCCAGAUGCGAGAGGCAUCGGUGCAGGAGGUUGACCGCUCCUGUGAUUCAGAUGAGGACUAUGAGGCGGGAAGCCGAGGUUUCCUCUCCUCCCACUGCACCUUAGUGGUCCAACCACGAGACCAGAGUCCUACGUACCUGCUCAUAGGCACCAAGCAGGAGAAGGAUACGUGGUUGUAUCACUUGUCUGUGGCUGCAGGUAGCAGUGCAAACUUCAAAGUAGGCACAGAGUACGAGCAGCUCAUUGGUAAGCUCCUGGAUGCUGAAGGAGACCCAGAAUCCGUGCUGUGGAAGAGCGAGGCCUUGAGCUUCUGCAAGGAGGGCCUGCGCUCGCCUCUCACCACCCUGCCCUCCGAAGCCCUGCAGACGGAGGCUCUGAAGCUUUUCAAGUCCUGUCAGCUCUUCAUCAACGUGCUGGUUGAGUCUCCGUCUGUGGAUUACCACACCUCGCUGGCCCAGAAUGCUUUGCAGGUGUGCCUUACCCACCCAGAGCUGCAGAAUGAGAUGUACUGCCAGCUUAUCAAACAGACCAACCGUCGGACGCCGCACAACUACUCCCUCACGCAGUGUUGGCAGCUGCUGUCUCUUUGUGUGGCUUUGUUCCUUCCUCAACAACAUUUCCUCUGGUACCUGAGGCAGUACCUGCAGCACAACGCUGACCCAAGGAACGAGGUGGGGAAGUAUGCGGUGUACUGUCAGAGGUCUCUGGAGCGUACUCUGCAGAAUGGAGAGCGGGAGGCUAAGCCUUCACGUAUGGAGAUAGUCUCCAUCCUGCUGAGGAACCCCUACCACCACUCACUGCCUUUCAGCAUCCCAGUUCACUUCAUGAACAACACCUACCAGGUCGUAGGUUUUGACGGCUCCACCACAGUGGAGGAGUUCCUCCACACGCUGAACCAGAGGAUUGGUAUGAGGAAGCCACAGUUGACUGGGUUUGCCCUUUUCACUGAUGAUCCGUCUGGCAAAGACCUGGAGCACUGUCUGCAGCCCUCUGCCAAGAUCUGCGAUGUCAUUUCCAAGUGGGAGCAGGCUCUAAAGGAGCUGCAUCCUGGGAAAAACGAGGGCACACGGAUUGUCCGACUUACGUACAAGAGCAGGCUCUGUUUCAGGUCCCAGGUGAAAGGAGAAACGGAACGAGAGCGCCUCCUGCUGGCGUACCAGGUGAAUGACGAAGUUCACCAAGGCCACUUCCCUGUGAAUAAAGAGCUGGCUCUGGAGGUGGCUGCCCUCAUGGCACAGGUUGAACACGGUGAUCUGGAGCGGCCCGGUGCCUCCUCUCCUACCGGCUCGCCUCAGCCUAAAUCUCAGCUGAUUCUCCUGCAAGCCCUGGAACGCUUCUACCCCAAACGCUAUAAACAGGACUGCAGCUCAGAGCAGCUCAGAGAUCUUGCUGAGCGUCUGGCCACUAAGUGGUCAAACUUGCGUGGCUGCAGUGCAUCAGAGUGCGUGAGGAUAUAUCUAACCGUGGCUCGGAAAUGGCCCCUGUUUGGAGCCAAGCUCUUCAGCGCCAAGCCUGUCCCCCCCUCUCCCGUGGAGCAGAGCCAGGUCUGGCUGGCAGUCAAUGAGGAUGGACUGUGUGUGCUGGACUACACAAUGCACACGCUGCUCACGUACUCCUACCAGUCCGUGAUCACGUUCGGCGGUUGCCGCGACGAUUUCAUGGUGGUCACGAGCCAGCAGAGGGAGCCGGGAGUUGGGAAGAAGAGCGUGGAGAAGCUGGUCUUCAUGAUGGCUAAACCAAAGAUACUGGAGCUGACUCUGCUCAUGGCCAGCUACAUUAACCACUGGAACCCCAGCCUCCCGUCCGCCUCUCCGCAGCCCCUCGGCCACUGGGACGUAGACAGCCGGCACUUCCCCGCCAUGAACUACACCACCAAGGGCCCCACGCUACUGUGAAUAACUGGUUGACUACAGGGAGGCUUGAUGACAGCAGACACAUUCAGCGCUCGGUUGUAUGUCCGAUCAUUUCCGGUACGCAGAGAUAAGUGUUUUUGCAUAUGAAGAUUUAGUUUAUUAGUCUUUUUAGACUGUUUGUUUCAACAAUUCCUCCUUUGGCGUCUGGUCACUUCUGGAUUCAUUGUUGGAAUUGGAUAUCACAACUAUUUUUGAAGUUUGAGGAACAGAUGUUACUGAACUUUUCACCAGAAAAUGAUCACAAGUAACCAUUAAUAAAUAAGGGUUUUUAAAUUAGAAAGGGACUGAUGUGGUGUAUAAUGGUACAGAUUUGUAGUGUUUAGUGUCUUAAUUUGAUAUAAUCCUGAUCUUACUCUAAAUUAGGGCUAACAGUUAACGAUUAUUCCCAUUGUAGAUUAACCUAUUGAUAUUUUUUUCAAGUUUAUUCAAAUGGUCUAAAACUCCCAAAGAUACUGGAUUCUACAAAGCAAAAGUGAAAGUAGUCAGUGAUCUGUUUUCUCUUGCUCAACUUGAUCGAGUAAUUUUAACUUCUCUGCUGUAAAACAAUUUUUUUUUUCAUUAAAAAUAAGGCUAAAAAAAAUAUGGUCAUAUUUACAGCUCUGUUUAUUCUUUGUUUUACGUAGACAUUUACUGUUAGAGCUACAUAAAAGUGAUGAUGGUGGCAAUGUGUAAGACAUCUGUGAAAUUGUUCACUUUCUGACGGUCCUCUAGUUUCAUGUGAUCUGAGAACACACACAGUAUAUUUGUAACCGGACCACUCUGUGAUUUAAUGAUCAACAAAAAAGAGGCUACCGGAAUCUCUUUAAUGACUUGAACUGUUAUGGAUAAACCACUGUCUCGCUUGUGUUCAUAUAGUUAUUUAUUUUCUCUUUAACAUUUUAGGGCUCAAAGAGAAAAUGUCAUGUUUGAAUGGGAAAAAACCUCCAGUUUGCUUUGUGUAGCAGAGUAAUUUAAGAGCAAGGUAUGAGUGACGUCUGUACUAGAAUGUGUCACAAAUGUUUUAAAAGGCGACGUCUUUAUGUUGCUUGUAUGGUUGUGGUAAUAAAUGAUACAAUCCUCUGUUGA